AGAGCUGAAGACGUUGUGCCACUUGGACGGCCUAGUUAUCCAGCUAAGCUAAAACAAUCUCUACAUUUAGCUGUUUCUACCUGCAGUUUUACAGAGAAUCUUAAAUCAGUUCAAUUAAAAACAGCAUUUGGAGAGGAUUAACUCACUGAUCCUGAGAGAUAAAGAAGAACAAAAGACAUAUAAUUUCUACUAUGACAAAUCAAGAAGAAACUCAGACAGACCUUCACCACUGCUUAGAGUGUGGAAAGAGUUUUAGUCAAAAGAAGGGUCUCACAGCACACCAGCGCAUCCACAGACAAGACAAACCACAUCAGUGCUCACAGUGUGGAAAGAGUUUUGCUAACAUGAGAAAUUUGAAAGCACACCAGCACAUUCAUACAGGAGAGAAGAAGCCGUAUCAGUGCUCACAGUGUGAAAAGAGUUUCAGUUAUAAAUAUUGUCUCCAACAACAUCAGCGCACUCAUACAGGAGAGAAGCCCUAUCAGUGCUCACAGUGUGGAAAGAGUUUUACCCAAGGGAAGGUUCUCAAAGAACACCAGCUCAUCCACAGACAAGACAAACCACAUCAGUGCUCACAGUGUGGAAAGAGUUUCACUCAUAAAUAUAAUCUCAAGCAACAUCAGUGCAUUCACACAGGAGACAAACCGUUUCAUUGUUCACAGCGUGGGAAGAGUUUUAAUCAAAGGGCCUCUCUUCGAGAUCAUCAGCGUAUUCACACUGGGGAGAAGCCAUAUUACUGCUCAGAGUGUGGGAAGAGUUUUAGUAAUUUGAGCAAUUACCAACAACAUCAGCGCAUUCACACAGGAAACAAACCGUUUCACUGUUCACAGUGUGGAAAAAGUUUUAUUCAAAGCGGCACUCUUUUGAAACAUCAGCAUAUUCACACCGGGGAGAAGCCAUAUUACUGCUUAGAGUGUGCAAAGAGUUUUAGUCAAGAGAAGGAUCUCACAGCACACCAGCUCAUCCACAGACAAGACAAACCACAUCAAUGCUCACAGUGUGGAAAGAGUUUCAAUUAUAAAAGUGGUCUCCAAGAACAUCAGCGCACUCAUACAGGAGAGAAGCCGUAUCAGUGCUCACAGUGUGGAAAGAGUUUCACUCAUAAACAUAAUCUCAAGAAACAUCAGCGCAUUCACACAGGAGACAAACCGUUUCAUUGUUCACAGUGUGGAAAGAGUUUUACUCAAAGAGCCGCUCUUCAAGAACAUCAGCGUAUUCACACUGGGGAGAAGCCAUAUUACUGCUCAGAGUGUGGGAAAAGUUUUAGUAAUUUGAGCAAUUUACAUCAACAUCAGCGCAUUCACACUGGAGAGAAGCCAUAUCACUGCUCAGAGUGUGGGAAAAGUUUUAGUAAUUUGAGCAAUUUCCAUCAACAUCAGCGCAUUCACACUGGAUACAAACCGUUUUACUGUUCACAGUGUGGGAAGAGUUUUAAUCAAAGAGCCCCUCUUCUGAAACAUCUGCGUAUUCACACUGGGGAGAAGCCGUAUUACUGCUCAGAGUGUGGGAAGAGUUUUAGUAAUUUGAGGAAUUUCCAACAACACCAGCGCAUUCACACUGGAGAGAAGCCUUAUUACUGCUCCGUGUGUGGAAAUAGUUUUUCUCGAAUCAGCUCUUUUAAUAAGCAUCUACGUACGCAUACUGAAGGAGAGGAAAAAAUAGUGCUGGGAUGAACUAUGUGAAACAUGGUGAGGACAUUGAUGGACUGAUUGACUGACUAAUACAAUGUUGGUCUGAGGUUUGGAUAGUAUGAAUUUAAAUAUGUUCUUUAAUAAUGUUAAUGUAGUAUGCUCUGUCCUCCUCCAGUUCACGGUUUAAAACACCUGGAACAAUUGGAUCUGUGGCAGCUUGCUU